CAGCCGCUGACAUCACACCAUACAGCUGUUGAUUUGCGUUGUCUCCGAGGCUACGGCAAGUGCCUUAAUGAUCAGCUUUAGCAGGUAGAUUCAGACAAGUGAAACACUGAGCGCUGUGCUCAGGCAAGCAGCCUGCAAGAGGAGCAACCUGAAGAGCAAAUGCUGCCUUAGAUACUAUGGAAACUAAACCUUUAAUCAAUGGAGAUAAUGAAUCGGCAAGCUACUAUGUUGCAGCAGGCUUCUGAGGGGAAUGGUCGGCUUCUCGGAGGGCGGCUCCGCGCAGACCUGGACCCCGCGCUGGUGACAGGGACAUGGGACUCUCCCUCAGGGCUUCCAGCAGGCUCAGCGCAACGGACGACCUGGUCAGCAGCCUCGAGGGGGACAGCGCCGGGCGCGCACGGGCAGGCGUGUCGGGUUCCACGUUUUGGUAGAAGCUCCAAGUAACCUUCUCUAAUGAGGAUGUCUGAUACUGUUACUGUAAAGGAGACGACUGAAACAAUCAGAGGCUCAGAGGUAGAAGAAAAUGACUCAACACUAGGAGACAGCCUGACAAAAUCAGAAAGCCAGGAACAAAUCGAGCCGGAGAAAGAUGAAAGCUGUUGUGACAACAAAAACGAAUCACAGCGACACUUGCAAACGUCUGGACAGGCAGGAAAAAGGUCAAAGUCCAACGUGAAGUUAAAGUUAGUGCGGAGCCUGGCUGUUUGCGAAGAGCCUUCUCCUCCCCCAGUAACUGAACUGCCACGAGAACUCCAGGAACACAUUCAGAUACAGUUCACCCAGUCCUUUGAUAAAGAUGAGCUGCCCUAUAAAGAUGAAGAGGACAAAGAGAAAAGUGUGGACAAGUUGGACAAAUCGGAUAAAAUUCCAAGAAAAAUGUUGUCUAGAGAUUCCAGUCAGGAAUACACAGACUCUACCGGCAUUGAUCUUCACGAAUUUUUAGUAAACACUUUAAAAAACAACCCCAGAGACAGGAUGAUGCUACUGAAGCUGGAGCAGGAUAUCCUGGAUUUUAUUAGUAACAAUGAAUCUCAGCGAAGAAAAUUCCCUCCCAUGACAUCGUACCACAGAAUGCUGUUGCACAGAGUAGCUGCGUACUUCGGAUUAGAUCACAACGUUGAUCAAACCGGCAAAUCUGUAAUUAUUAACAAAACUAGCAAUACAAGAAUACCCGAUCAAAAAUUUUCUGAGCACAUUAAAGAUGACAAAGGUGAUGAUUUCCAAAAACGGUACAUUCUCAAAAGAGACAACUCCAGCAUGGACAAAGACGACAGCUCGGUUUUAUUUUUUCAGAUGCGAAUCAGGCUGAAGGAAGACAGAAGAAGCAAGUCCAUUGAAGAACGAGAAGAGGAGUACCUGAGAGCACGAGAGAGGAUAUUUAAAGAUGGUUUGUGCACCCAAGAGAGCUUUCCCCCAGAUAAAAGAAUACAGGAAGAUGAAUCUUCAAAUAGUACACAGCAAAGACGACAGAUCUUUAGGGUGAAUAAAGAUGCAUCCGGACGAUCCGCCAGCAGCCGGCAGAGCAGUUCGGAGAACGAACCCAGGUGCACGGAGCCCCGGCCCUGGAGCAGCACGGACUCGGACAGCUCCAACCGGAACCACAAGCCGGCCAUGACCAAGGCCAGCAGCUUCAGUGGCAUCUCUGUCCUGAUCAGGGGGGACAGCUCAGGGAGCAGCAAGAGCACGGGCAGGCUGUCUAAGACAGGUUCUGAGUCUUCUAGUAGUGUAGGGUCAUCCACGGGUUCGCUUUCUCGCACCCAGCAGCCACUUCCUGUUACAGCUUUAAGCCAGCCUACCCAUGCUGCACCUUCCUCCUAUCCAGCUGCCAGCACUAGUCAUUCUCUGUCCUUUGAUGGUGGCGUGAGUGGGCAGGUGGCAUCGACAGCUAGUGCUAGCUACUAUGUGCUUCCCCUGGAAGCCACAGGGAUACCGCCGGGCAGUAUUCUGAUCAACCCUCACACAGGUCAGCCCUUCUUGAACCCUGAUGGCAGUACGGUUGUGUACAACCCCGCCAUUUCCCAGCAGCCCGUAAGGACCCCAGCUCAGCACGCGCCGCCGCCGCCCCCUCCGCCCCCGCCGAUGCCCCCGCCUGGCCAGCCCGUCAACCACGUCCUCUCGCAGCCACCUCGGCCGCUGCAGCCUUCUGUGCCACCUGUCCAGUACUCUGCGAUCUCUUACCCACCUCAGCUCCUGACAGUCUCCCCUAACCAACAGUACACUGUGCAAGAGAACCUGGGCGUCCAGUUCAGCCACAUGAGCCUCGCCAGACAGCCUUCCAGCGACGGUCCCGAUGCCCACACUGCCAUGUACCCUGCAUCGGUAGUCCUCCAGCCCCCUCCUCAGCAGCCUAGCUACAUCGUAGCCCCCCAGGGGCAAGUUGCUGCCCCCUCCUACUCCACCGCGGCCCCCCAGCUCAACCAGCCAGUCCUUCAGCAGCAGGGCUACGUGCAGCCGCCCAUGCAGCAGAUGCCCACGUGUUACUGCGCGCCUGGCCAGUACCCACACUCCAGCCAGCAGUACCGGCCGGCCAACUCCGUGCACUACAGCCCCGCUCAGGGCCAGCCCCUGCCACUGGCCGCCCAGCCCGCCCAGCCAGCAGGUUACCAUACCAUGCUCCCAAGCCAGCAGCAGCCCUAUCAGAACAUGGUGGGCGUUGCCCCUCCGCAGAAUCAGCCUCUGGUGAGCAGCCAGCACAGCACUGUGGGAAGUCCCAUUCAAGGCAUGAUGGUUCAAUACCCUUCCGUGCCCUCAUAUCAGGUAUCAAUGCCCCAAGGGUCCCAGGGCAUGCCCCAGCAGACAUAUCAGCAGCCAGUCAUUAUCCCCACUCAGACGAGCCAAGGCCCAAUCCCUGCAUCAGGAGUGCAAGUCUAUUACAGUGUUAUUCCACCCAGUCAGCAGAAUAAUUUGAGCUCCUCAGUUGGGUUCCUGCCCCCUCCAGGCAGCGAGCAGAUGCAGUUCCCACGCUCCUCCUCUCCCUGCAGCUCCCAGCAGUGCACAGCUGUGCCACCUCCCAUCGGCAGCGGGAUGGUCAUGAUGCAGCUGACGUUACCCACAAACCACCAGCCCAGGGCACAUUCGCCACCGCAGUGGAAGCACAACAAAUACUACAGCCUUGACCACCAGAGGGGCCACAAGCCCACUGAGCUCCCCACUUUAGACACCUCCCAGAGCAGUCCCCAGCUGGGCAGCCCAGCCACCUCUCCUGCACAGUCUCCCGCCCCCACCCAGCUCACCAACAUGAAAAACCUCCGCUCCGGGCUCACUCCUAUCUCCGUCAUGCCUCAGUUCUCACGACCGUUCAUUCCUGGGCAAGGUGAUGGGCGGUAUCCGUUGCUGGGCCAGCCUUUACAGUAUAACCCCCCAAUCCGUCCCCCACUGCUGCAGGGGCCACACAUAGUGCCCAACCACCAGGGGCCCCCCGGAGUCCGGCACGGCGGCAGAGGCAAGCGGCCGACGCGGAAGGCCCUGUCCACGGACCUCGGCGUAGGGGAACCAGUCAUCGGCAGAGUCCUGGAGGUCACCGAUCUGCCGGAGGGGAUCAGCCGCGCGGAGGCGGAGAAGAUGUUCGGUGAACUGUGCAAAGUGGGGGCCGUGAUCAGGUGGAUCCCGGAUCACCAGCGGCACUGCGGGAGCGGGGACGCCGGCGCGCCGGCCGAGCACUCCAAGCCCUCCGGCGACCUGGCCUCCGCGUACACGGUCCUGGCCAUGUUUCCCUCGAAGCACGCAGCCCAGAGCGCGCUGGUCAAACACAACAGCUCCCUGAACAAGUUCAGGCUGCGAACUAGCAAGAGGCACUGCGAGUUCCCCAACCUGGAGAGGGCUAGCUCUCAGUAGCGGGCGCUGCGGCGCCGGACCCGUAGCCACGGCGGCUGCCGGCUGCUGCCACACUUCCUCCCGUUCCCCGUGUCCUGUUUCUCACUCAGUCGGCUUGUUGUCACGGGUUUUCACUCGAGCUGUAGUGACUCUGGGGAUACGUUGUCCUUGUGAUGUUCUAGCACGCUGAGAAAACGAGCGAUCGGCAGACAAUGACGUAGAGACGCAAGUUCCCAAUAACCCGCCACCCACCCCACCCUACCCCAGUCCACCCCAGUCCACCCCAGUCCAGCCCCGGUUGAGAAUUGACUGGAGCGUAUCAAAGUGCAGCACGUUCGGUUGUUUGUUUGUUUUUUUUAGUUUUCGUUUUAUAUUUGUGAGGUCUUGUGUCAGAUCCAAAGCUCUGAUGUACAGCUGCUUUAUUUCGGACUUUUCGGAAGCAUCGCCCAUCGCCCCUCUCCGCCGUAGGAGAAGCGCACUCCGGAGAGGGGGCCACUGGCAAGCCACUCGUGAUCCUGUGUCUCAGAGGUGUCUUAGAGCUUGAGAAUCUUGCUUUAGUGCCUUCUAGCAGAAUAAAACUGUUAACAUUCAUGUUCUACACAACAAAGGACACCUUGGUGUAACGUACAAACAGACGUCCAGUACCUUGUGAAUAAUUUAUACAGUAGCUUAAAAAAUAUCGAGUCACUUCUUGAGUGGGAAUGUUACGCUGCCAACAGGCGCAAAUGAGAACAAACUCCUUGAUUCACAAUACUGUAGCUGGUUGAAGCUUAAUUUAUAAAUUGGAAAAACAUCGCAUCUCCCUUCCCUCAUCCUCACUACGUAAAUUGUCCGUUACUUCUUCUCCAGGCAUAUAACAACGCCCAGUUGUCUUAACGAUUUGAUUCAAGACCCUUUUUAAUCGCAUCCCAUUAGAAAGGGUCAGUGGAGAUCCGUUUGCACAGUUAUAGACCUGAAUACUCUUCUGUUUCACUUUCUCCAAAAUGUGUGGAUUCUGAAAGGCUGUACAAUGUUUGCUGGUGCAAGUCGUUUUUAUUUCAGUUUGAAACCAAUAAAUGUUUACAAAUACCAAAUAACGUGCUCUUUCAAACUCCUGGUAAUUUUAAUAGAUGCGACUGUUCAAAGAUGAUCAGUUAUCCAAACCUGUUGUCUCUCCACGCGAUUAUACGUUUUAAAGCUGCGCCCGUGUUCCACCUGUCGGAGCCGAAAAAAUGAAAAGAUUGCAAAACAAUUACUUUAAAUGAAUUUUUAUAUAUUUAUGUUUGUUUUUUCUCUUUAAAAAUUGUACAUUUGUUUCACUGUGGUAGGUAUAAUUCUAUUUAUUCCUUUUUUAAAAAGGAUAUUUCGUUGUUAUAUUGAUUCCAUUAAAACCUAAUUUUUCACCACCUUUCAAGCCGCAUAAAGUUCCGAUAUGUAUGUUCUGGAAAGGACUGGGAAACAGUCUGCUCUGAGCUUCGAGGGUGGCAUGAAGUGAAGAAUAUUGAGCUCUGCCUUUUUAAGGAUGUCUUUGGUUUUGCCGUCUGUGUUUGUACCGGGGUUUUUUACGGUGUUGUUGUCCGAAGAUUUCUUCCAUUUAUGUGUGCCCUUUGUUACCUUCAGAGCCCACAGCUACGUUUCUGUCUUACAUAUUCCAUCUCAAGAGCCAUAAUACCAACACAUUGCUUCCGGUUUACUGUGUUGAAUGUAUAUAAUAUUGUAACGGAUUCGGGUUCUCGGGCUUGUACAGUCGUCCAUCCACCGCAUGGACUCGAACCCGGGUCUCCGGCGUCGCUCAACAGGGGUCUCGCCGGCUGAGCUGAAGAAGACCUUCCUCAGCCCGGCCGGCCAACACCCCUGUUAUGCGCAGGGCCGUAGUCGUUACAAUAUCCUUUUUAAAUAAAAAUACAACCGCGCUGA